AUGUUUUCAGCUGAAUUGCUGAAAUUUGUGUAUGUAACACCCACCGUCGCCGUAAGUUUUUUUACAAUUUUGUGUUAUUCUUUAGACCUAUGUGGCCGAACCAGAAAUUCCGUUGGUUCUGGUGGUGGACGGUUCCAAAAUGCUGCUGAUGCAGCGAUUCGACCUUCUCCAUUCAUUCGAGCUCACAAUGCAGUCAAGGAUGACCUAUAAAGACGCCAAAUUUGGUGCCGUUCUGAAGAAUUUCUCGGGGGUAGGUGUGAAAUAAUAUUUUUAGGUAACUUUAGCUUUCUUUUAGGAGCAUUCUUUUAAAUUUUAUUUUAAAACCCAAGGAGAUGCUCAGAAAUUCGUCGCUCAAGUCAAGAAUGUAAUUAGAAUUGGCGAGAAAAUUUCAUCCACUCCGUCGAAGAGCAUGGAGAGCCAGGUAGAUGGAUAAGGUCAAAAAUCAUAUUCAAACCUGUUUUUUUCAGCAUGAACAGCCUGUGUUCAGGUCUGCGGGACUUGGUUCGUCUGCGUCUACCUUUCAACCGCCCAGUUAUCCGUUUUCCAGCUCACUUCAAUCGGGAUCCAGAGAAUCUGUUACCAGAAAAUUGGACGAGUUCCUGGCGGACGAACCCACCCAGUCUUGCGUUGGAGUAACUCAAAAGUCGACAGCCGUCCGCAAUCUCACGCAACAGUUCAUAGGCGAGCCGACACAAACACAAUCCACUUCGCAUGCAACUCAGGUGAAUUUAUAUUAUCCAUGGUGAAGAUUUGAAUUUUAGGUAAAUUCCAUUGACAAAAAGGAAAUUGAGAAUUUGGUCAAUGAGUUUUCAUCGCAUAUUUCCGAAUUCUUCGGACGUCUCUUGACUGAGGUACUGGAGAGACUGGAUUCGCACUUGAAGAAUGUGCCGAGAAUUCAUGUGGAUGAUCUGGCUCGAUCUUUUAUUGUCGAUACUGGUGGAGCUGGAAAGCGGAAGGAGAAAAAGGACAAGAAAUUCAGUAAUGGGGCAAGGAUUCGGAAAUUGCUCCAUUCUUCGACUUAUUGGCCAGGUAUGAAUUUAUAUUGUACUUGAUGUUGAUUUUUAGGAAAUAUUGACUUUUUUUGAUUCCAGGCUUCUUCGACGGUGCAAAGAAGCCAAAAAACGCGGAAAAACCCGCCGACGUGGCCGUGAAUUCGCGCAAAAGAAGGUCGGCGAUCCAGGCUCGUUCUAAGAUUUCGGCGGUUGCGAAGAGCGACCUGAAGGGGGCUUAUUACAAACACCGCCGCUUUUCUGUCCGGAAGAGCGGUCAAAAUAACUCUCAGGUUGGUUGGCUACUCUUUUUAUUGUUACUCAUGUUUAGGCUGAAAGUCAGUCAGAUGUGGAGAAGUCUGAUGACGAAGUUGACGUCGUAAGCUAAUGUUCUCAGAGUUUCAUUUGUUCUCGGUUAUUUUUAAUAUUUCUCACUGUUAUGUUGUUUUCACAAUUUUUUGUUAUUGUUUUGAUAAAAAAGGAAGGAAAAGAAAAUUUUGAUGUUUCCCUCAAUUUUUUUGUUCUUUGAUAGUAAGAUUAGGCCGAAAACAUUAGAAUAGCUUGCAACUAAAGUUGCGGGAGUAAAAGUUUGAUUUUUUCCAGGAAAAAAUCGCAAAUUUUCCUAAACAUUUGGUUUAAUUUAGCUGAUCUUGCAAAAAUUCCCAUGAAGAUCGAAAAUUUAAACGCCUACGGGUGUAUCAUUAUUAAAAUGUUAAUAAAGUUUUAUUGGCUGGUACGAAGACAGCAGUGGCCAUAUAACACAGACAUUUGAAUGUAAAUUAUUGUUCAGAAUGAGGGGUUUUGUCCUCUUUCUUUUUGUUUGCGCGAUUUUUCAGGGAUUUGUUCAAAGUCAAGUGACAUCAGGUGGGUUUUUAUUGGAUAUAAAUUCUAUUAUUAACAUUGAAAAAGGCCUAAAGUUCGAGUUGAAAAUCUCGAAAGGGUUUUCUUUGCUUUUUCGUGUUACUCUAUUUUUUGAUUAGAUUUUGAUGAGACUUACAGUAGAUUUACAUAGAAGAAGACUUUGUAUGGCAUAUUUUAAUGUUUUAGCUUGUUCUUUGCAGAACUAACCGACAUUUUUUAGGCCCGAAGUUGGCGAGGAAUCAACAAUUUUACUUAUUUUUUGUCUGUCUUGCUCUCUUCUACACGUUAUCUCCACUCCACAGGCGAAAUUUCAAAAAAAAUCUUUAAAAAUUUUUAGGCCUUUGUCAUUUCCAGAAAGCACUCAGAAAUUUUUAGGAUGCAAUUUGGAGAUCUGUGGCGCUGUUUGUGAACCCGAUUCGGUCGACUUGGAAGCCUGUGUAACCGGCGUGUGCAAGUGCCAGAAAGCGAUCAAACCUGCGAAAAACGAGAGUUUCUAUUUAAAGAUUCAGUAA